AUGUCCUCACCGGACUCUUCUCGCCAAUCUUCUUCUCCAGCCUUAUCGUCGACGCCGCGGAAAGUAAUUUACUUUGUCGACCACACUGUCACCGCCAUCGCCUACGCCGAGGGCCAUGUCAUGCGACCCUCCCGAGUUCGCGCCCUGCACGCCCUCGUGCGCUCCUUAGGACUGGACAAGGAGAUGACAAUUGCCCAGGCCCGUCCUGCCAGCCUCGAGGAGAUGGGGGGCUUUCAUCGCCAUGCGUAUUUGGAAUGCCUUCGCCAUGCCCCGCGGAUCUGCAUGAACCCUUUUGAGGCCACCGCCUUGUCCUUUCAGAAGGAGUUUGACGUCCCGGUGGGGUCGCUGAAGGGGGAUUGCCCUCUAUUCCCGGAGGUCUGGUCGCUCGUGGAGAGUCAGGCGGGGGCCUCGUUGGCGUGCGCGGAGGCCCUUAUUCAGGGGCACGCCCGCAUUGCGAUGAAUUGGGCGGGGGGGAUGCACCACGCGGCCGCCGCGCACGCCAGCGGGUUUUGCUUUGUCAAUGAUGUAGUUUUGUGUAUUCGGCGACUGCUGCGUCGCUUUCAGAGAGUCUUGUACGUUGACCUCGACGUCCAUCACGGGGAUGGGGUGGAGGGGGCUUUUUAUGGCAAUCCCCGCGUCCUGACCCUAUCGCUCCAUCAAUUUGGGGAUGGGUUUUUCCCGGGUUCUGGGGCCUACGGCGGGGCCGAGACCGCGCGGAGCUUCGCCGUUAACGUUCCCCUGCCCCCUCUUACGGGAGAUGCGGCCUAUUUGCAAUCCUUUCGCACCGCCUUGACGGCCUCGGUGGGGUGUUUUGAUCCGGAGGCGGUGGUGGUGCAGUGCGGGGCGGACACCAUCACCGGCGAUCUUAUCGGUCGGCUUUGUAUUUCCACUCUUGCCCACACCCAAUGUGUCGCCGAUCUUCUUUCUCUCGACUUGCCCACCGUUUUGUUGGGCGGGGGGGGCUAUCAUGUUUUUCACACCGCCCAAUGUUGGGCAAUUCACACCGCAACCGCCGUAGGGCGGACGGCCGCGCAGAUCCCUUACUACAUCCCGCGAGGGGAUCCGUAUUAUUUGGAGUACCGCAAAGAAUGCGCCCCGCUCCGGCCUACGCUUCAGGUCUAUCUGGAUGUGGAUGUGGAUCAGCCGCUUGGGUUGGAUGAGAGCCUGCAUUAUUGGCGGGAGUUGUGUAGAAGUUUGCAAAUGCAAAUGCGCGCGGCACGCCAAAUACGCCAGGGCUUUACUAAGACGAUCGACGCGGCGAAAUGGUGGCGCGAUGGGUUGGGGGUCGAAAGCUCGACCUCACCGCGCAGCGGCGUAGCGUCGGAGUUGCCAGAGCAGACUAAUGACCCUUCCCCCCCCUUACCAGCCUCCUCAACUAAGGGGAAGAAGGAAACCGAACCGUCGCAUAAGCGGCCUCGAUUAACCACAUCUAGUGAAGCAAAAAGGCGGUCUUACAACUGA